AUGGAUAUUUUAAUUAAAUGGGAAGAUGGAACAGAAAAUGUUGUUGCAAUUAAAGAAUUGUCUCUUAUUAAUGGAUUAAACCGUUUCGAAAAAAAUAAAAAAGUAAAAAUGGACUAUGGUGAAAAAUUGUACUAUGGAAUAAUAGUUGCUACAGAAAAUAAUGAUGAUAGUGACGCACAGUACAACAGCUCUGAUGAUAAUAGCCAGGAGGAAGUUGGCUUAUCAAAAUCUCCUUUAAGCGAAUGUGGCUCUGAUGAUAAUAUUUCUUCCAUUGUUAAAAAUAACAAGAAUAAAGGCAUUAACAAGUGUAGUGCAUUACGUUGCAAAGCAGUUGUUUGUAAUAAUCAUGAUCUAUGUCGGCGUCACUUAUUUAGUCUAGAAAAUUGGACAAAUAAAGAAUUAGAGAAAAAGUCUGGAAAAAUAAAUAAAAGAAACCCGAAGGCAAAUGAAGCGGCUAACUUAGGAAAUGAAGACAGCAACGAAAAGCUCUGUGAACACCCAAAUUGUUCAUUUGAAAUAUAUAGUGCUUGA